CUUUCAUUCUUAUCAUCUUAACGCUGGACGUUAACAAAUCACAUUCAUCAUCAUCAUGAAGUUUACUUUAUUUGCUAUUUUAUCCUUUGGUUCCUUGUUGAUUCAAGGUGCUCCUAUUCUUAACAAACGUACAUCUGGAAGUGCUACCUUUUAUGAAGUUGGACUUGGAUCUUGUGGUAAAACUAAUUCUGACAGUGAAAUGGUGGCUGCGUUAAGUGCAGAUAUUAUGAGUAAAAGUAAAUGUGGAAAAUCAGUGAAUAUCAAGUCAUCAAAAGGCUCUGUUACCGUCAAAGUGGUUGAUACUUGCCCUGGUUGUGGUGCUACUGAUAUCGAUCUUAGUCCAAGUGCUUUUAAAAAGUUAGGAUCAUUAAGUCAAGGUCGGAUUCCUGUCACUUGGUCUAUAAAUUAAUUAUCGUUGAUAUUAUAUACAAUCACUCAACACAUACACAUACAUACAUAGAUUAGAGAGAUAUUGUAUAUAGUCAUUCCAUUCCAUUCCAUUCAUUUCUAUUUUCUAUUUUUUUUUUUUUUGUUGAAUGUUUCUUAAUAAUGAUCAUCAUUAGUAUUUAUUCGCUUGAUGCGAUUGUAUAGAAAUAAUAGUAAUAAAUAAAAAAAACAAAAGAAAAGUCAUUUGCUUUAUCCUAUUAUUUUAGUUACCAUUUUUGAAUGGUU